GGAUAUCGAAGGCGACUGGUCACACUGUCUACGGCCACAUCAAAUCUGGGGGUCUGGCGUGUGACCCUGUUAUUUCUAUCUUGCAAUAAAAUAGCUGUGUAAUCUUAGUAAGGUAGUGCGUCGUUGAAAUAGUGAGCGAAUUAUAAAUUCUAGUGGACUAUAUGUGUAAAAUAUGGAACGCGCUACGGGAACAGAAGUGUACGGGUGUGGCUCCCCACAGUCGACGGACAUAACGCUGAACAUACAAACGACGACUGGUGGUAAUUUCUCAAUCAGCUUGAACGGUAAAAAUACAGUGGAGCACCUCAAGAAACUCGUCUCAAAGAAGUUAAAAGUGUCUAAGGAUCGAAUAUGCUUGUUGCAUCGCGAAAGGCAAUUGCGAGAAGGGACGCUGGAGGAGAACGGGCUUAUGGACGGGUCGCGCGUCAUCCUGCUGCCGAGCGUCGAGACGGGCCUGCUGAGUCAAAGACCCGAGAACUCCGUGAUGCAGGCGCUGGAGUCCCUUAACGACACGCAAGUUAACGACUUCCUGACAGGAAAAUCUCCACUUAAUUUAACCAUGAGAUUAGGUGACCACAUGAUGUUAAUUCAGCUGCAGCUGUCAACCCUGAACUCGGGUGCGGCGAGUGGCAGCCGCUCCCUUAGGACGUCCACACCCACCAAGAGCACCUCGGUUCGUACAAAACGAGAUGCCAGGGAAACUCCCAGCCCUCAAUGCACCCCGGAAAAACCAUCAAACUCUGAAGACACAGCAGACAUGGAGAAAUUAGGUCAGCCAAAACAAACACACACUCUUCAAAAGCAAGAGUUGGAAAUACUUCAAAAUGCCUUUGAUUUGUAUUUAGCUGAAGAAAAUUCAAAAAAAGAAACAUGUGACACAAAGGAUGAAUCUUUAGACACUACAAAUUGUACUCUCUCAGAUAUGUCGGACACAUCUAUAGAGAACGACCAGUCUCCGAUCAAGUCUUUAUCUAAUUUGGUGUCCAGUCCUAUAGAUGCAUCUACCUCUGAGAGCCGAGAAGCAGCAAUUGCAAAUUCUGUAAAAAGUAGCUUGAUAGAUUUGUUGUCAAAGAGUAAAUUACAUCAUGACAUGCUCGCCUCCACCAGCAGCUCCGCCAGCGCGCCCUGCCCGGCACUCACUCCUGACAGCUCCCUCAGUGAUGACAGCGACAAUUUUACUGACCAGAGCUCAUUCUUAGCUGAAAGCACCAUUGAUGAGUACCCUAUGGAAAACCUAUUCAACAGUGCAGUUGACAAAGGCCUGUUUGAGGAUCAAGAUGAGUCUAUGAUGGAUAGAGAGAUCUCAAACCUGGCCACAACCAGCCACGGCACUCCAGCUGCUUCCGGUGCGUUGCCUUCCUUCCAAAGCAUUGAACCUUUAAAAAAUAAGCGCUUCCAAUAUUUACUCCACAAGACGUCAAAAUUCAAGCAUCCUAUUGGUCAAAACAAACAAAAAGCCUUCAUGCAAUCUGUUGUGAAUAAACAUAAGAAAAGGAUGCAAAUUCGACAAGAUAGUAACCUUGCGCAGCCGUCUACCUCCCGCACUGAGCCUUUCAUAACUAACUCCAGGAAGCUAAUAUUGCAGCCAAGUGCUCAGAGUGAAGAUGCAGACCUAGCCACUCCCUCUACUUCUAAACAAAUUACAUUCACAGCUCCUGACGCGCCCAAGAAGCCGCAGCGAGCAUCCCCCACCCCUCCUGUCGACACUAAAGCCCUUAUAGAGGCUUCAAAGAACCUCACGCAAAAGUUGAAGAAACUGUCUAAAGAAGUACUGACAAACAAAAUAGAUCUCAGAACUGCUGAAGAAUCAGUGCGCUCAAAAGUGGGCCCCGGAGCUGUGAUAGAAUCCAUGAAGCAUCAUGGUAAAGGAAUAUAUUCGGGAACAUUUUCUGGCACACUGAAUCCUGCUUUACAAGACAGAUAUGGCCGACCAAAGAGGGACAUCUCCACAAUUAUUCACAUUUUGAACGACUUGCUGUGUGCCGCUCCGCCCAUCGCUCUUGUUCAGAAGGAACCAAAACACUCAUGUUCAACCAGCACCUUGGAGGAGACGAAAUGCUCCAGCUGCAGCCAGAGCGGCUGCUCCGCGGCGCAGUGCUCGGGCGCCUCGCCCUGCCACAAGUGCGACACCGCCAAGGCGCUGGCCAUAGAGAACUCCAAGACUAAGUGCAAGCUGGAGCAGCUCCGGCUCGUCAUGCAGCAGAAGAAGCAGCGCCGCGAGGCGCGCAAAAUGAAAACCUUGCCUUACUCCGGCGUGCCGCCCAAGGCUCUCGCCUCGCCGGACCAGCCGACCAUGACUGAAGAGAUAGAGACGGUUGCUUAACACGCGAUCAUGCUCUAAUCGUCCCCCGCUCCGACUUGUAGUUAGUAUUCUAAGAUAGCGUGAUCGAGCCUUCAAAGCUUAAGCCGUUAACACUACUGUUCUUUUCCUACUACAAAAUGUACGUCUAAGUAUUGACGCCUUUAGUUUUGAAGGUUCGUUUGAGCCCUAACACUCCAAACUACUUGUAGUGCUUAGUGACGGCCGCCAUUUUGUUAAACCGUUAUGACAGCGCGUUCAUUGCACGAGUCUUCCAACUCGACAUAUGUAUAUAGCUCACUUUGAAUAAUUUUAUGUUGGAAUUAUUAUUAGCGGACGAUAGCGAUAGUAGUUUUAAUUUAACGACGACGUCACUAAACCCUUGAAUAUUUAUUGGAAGACAGCCAUACAAAUGUAACAUUCGUUUGCAGUUCUACUCCUGAACAAUGGUGUGAGUUAGCUUUUGAAAUGUUGAUUCAAUGGUGCUGAUUUUCAAAAUGCGAAUGUAUGCAAAUCAUUGAUUGUCUCGAGCGUAGACUUGUAAAGUUACGACAAGUACACUUUCACUUGCUCUUUGACAAUGAGCCGUUUUAGUAACGUGACACAGUAGCCUUAUAGACUGAAAUCCCUUGUACCAGAUCAAAAUGUUAGUUGUUUGUGGUAAGAUAAAGUGUACACUCGCGGUUAUCGAUAGUUGAUUGUUCGGGAGCGAGUGCGGGUUUGACCCAUCAUAUUCUAAAUUACCAACGCCUAGAUUCAGACGUAGACGUAACGUCGCUAUAAGUGCUAUUAUACGCAUGUACAAAUGAUACAAGAUUGAAUAGCAAAUCACUAGUUGUAGUUAAAGGGUAACUGUUAAGGACCUCCCGUAGAGUUGCCUGGUGCGACGAUAAAAUUGAUUUUUGUUGUUAUUUCUUUUAGAUUUAUAUUUUAUUUUAUUGGUUCAACUGACAAUGUACUAGCUUAAUUGUAUGGAAUAACAUUAGGAUCGGUAGGUUCCAAUGGACAUUAUUUCUUUGUAAAUUGUAGACCUCUCGUAUUUGUUUAAGUUAUGUAAUUUCUCAUAUACUUAGUAAAUUUCGAGCGCGUUUUAUUCCAUAAUUAUUAUAGUAAAUAAUCGGCACUGUUUUUGCUAUAGUUAUUUUCUUUGUUUUCUUUUUCUCCUAUCACGGAAAUGUUAUAACAUAAUAAAUUGUUUUUUUCUUACAUACUCUUAAUAAUUUUAUUUUGUUUUAUGUGAACGCACGACUAGACGCUAGGAUGCGAGACACCAAUACUUUAGACCUCUGUAACGACCCUCUGCAGAUGCGAGGACAUAUACUAAAGCUAGCUUUGUACAUAAUUAUUACGCUGAAAUUCUAAUAGUGUAAUGUGCUUUUAUGACCUAUAAUCUAUAACCAAUUGCCCAUCUUUUUAUGUAAGGGACUAUUAUGAUCAACUGCCUAGAAAAUGCAUUAGGUGUAAUAACGGAACACUGUGAAUAUAAUAUGAACUCUGCCUAUGUAAACGGUCGCAUAUACUAUUUAGUAUUGAUAAUUUAGAAAGGAAUAACAAUAUUAUGCUAUUUACUUCGUAUAGCAACAUGAUUUUAAGUUACAGAGUUAUAUUUAUAAUUUUGGUCUUCCGUGUAAUGAAUGCUUGUUUUCUUGAAAUGUGAGGAGUCCCACGUUGGUAAGGGGCCAAGGUGACACAAUUGUUUUUCCCUAGAAUAAUACAGAAGCAAUAAUCCUAAAGAUCCACAUCGUGAAAAGUGCCUGUCGUUUGUAAGGUGCGUUGAUGUAAUGAUGUUGUGCCAUACGUGUGCCCAUUAUUAAGUUUUCUUUAUUAUACAUGUGAGGGAAUAUAUGGCACCAUUUAUUUCACCCCUUUUUGUGUAUUCAAUCUCUUACCAUACUGGUUCAGCAAAGAUCUCAAAUAUGAUAUAUUUAUGAGAUUUUUCUCGUUCGUGUAGAAUAUAUAUUAAAAAGCCUUCAACUAUAUGCAGUUUUCAGACCCUAUUGUUACCAAUUGUAAAAUUAGUCAGGAUGCGUUUUCGUUACAAGUUUUGAAAAUUCGUGAAUUGUUUUUGUCCUUGUAUUUGCAUGUCUAGUGAGGAGAAUAAAGUUACAUAACAAAAUACACAA